AUGACACUUCCACCGCAUUGGCGAGACCCAGCACAAUGGGUUUACAUAUGCGCGGCGUCGUUUGUUCGAGGUUCUAGUCGUUUCUUACGCUAUGCAGGUUUUUACUGUGUCAUUGCUGGAAUGACGUUGAUUUUCCUCGUGGGUGGACUCUUUCUGCAUGCCAUCAUUCCCAUUAUGGCAGAGACAACAUUGGAGUUGAUAGUUCAUGUGACAAUUGCCAUGAUCUUGCUAUUUAAUAUUUCCUUCAACUAUGCGCUUUGUUGUGCUACAGACCCGGGAAUCAUUACAACAAAAUGGACGAAAGGGACAGAAACUUGCGAAAGUGAUGUAGAUAAUAAUGCUAUAGAUAGCGAAGAGAUUGAUUUGGAAGCAGAGAUUGAAGACAUCAAGGAUCUCGAGACUGUCGAUGAAGAGAUUCUUCCAAGGAUUCGACCCAGCGCAGUCACUCCAGAUGGAAAGAAGAAUGGUGAUUUUGUACGAUUGUCUCGCGUGCAGCUGAUUGACCCACAGAGUGUAGCAAGACAACGUGGAGGAGAUGGAAGUUCGUACUGUCGAAGAUGCCGCCACUUUCGCCCGGGUCGUGCACAUCAUUGUUCUGUCUGCGAUCGCUGCGUUGCACACUUGGAUCAUCACUGUCCGUGGGUUAAUAACUGCAUUGGACGCAACAAUUAUCGUUACUUUUUUUCAUUUCUCGUGUGGCUUGCAGUCGGAGCUUAUUAUGCCACUUAUAUGAGCUAUCGCAUAGCAUACACUGGAUUGAGUUAUCAGCAAUUCUCUCGACUGCUUGUGAUUUUUGAAGCAAAUUCAGCCGCCACGGUUUUGACACUCGCUUUUACAACUUCUUCAUCAGUUGCUGUGGCUAUAACCGUUCUUGCAACUUGGCAUGCCUUUCUAAUCGCCACUGCACAAACGUCUGUGGAGUGGCAAAUCAAGCGCAAAUCGAAAAAUAAACGCUCUCAUGGAGGCAUUACGGCGAGUCCAUAUUCAAGUGGCAGUAUACACGGCAAUUGGGAACUUGUUUUUGGCAGGUGCAAUUUAAAGAUUUUAGCGCUUUUGCCGAGUACCCGCCUACCACCGAAUUCUCGAACGCUUGAUCAAGUGAAAAGGAGAGUAAAUAGGAACAAGCGCGAGGCGACAAACUCUGUCGAAGCUACUCCCUCAGAUUUGAUCGUCUAA